AUGAGCGCGCCGCCUGAGCCAUUCACUUACACCCCUCUCCCCGAGGACGGCGGCUCCAUUCGCGUGGUCGAGCUCCUGCCGGGCGAGUUUGACGAUGCCAUUGAAUGCGGCAUCUUCGCCGCCGAGCUGGAUUCAGGGCCAUCUUACGAAGCACUGUCUUAUACGUGGGGAGACGUACACAACACCACUCCCAUUGCCAUCGACGGACGCAGGCUACACGUCACGGCCAACCUGGCGUGCGCUCUGCGCUAUAUGCGACGGCCAGAUGCCAAGCGGUCGCUCUGGAUCGAUGCCAUCUGCAUCAACCAGCAAGAUGUUCGUGAGAAAGAACGCCAGGUCCGCGCCAUCGCCACCAUUUUCAAGCAGUCCACACAGGUCCUGGUUUGGCUGGGGGAGGAGCACGAUCCCUUGAUCCAUCAGCACGGCCCUCCGCCCAUGCCCAUUUCAGAAGUCUUUGAGGUCAUUUCAAACAUUGCACAGGGAAAGAGCGUAGCGCAUCUUGUAGGCGACAAUCCCUGGAUACGCUGGUCGCCCUCAUUCCUGGAUCUCCUGAAACGGGCCUGGUUCGGACGCCUGUGGGUCGUUCAGGAGACAGCAGUGACGGACAACCCUACGCUCAUAUGCGGGAAGUGGUCCAUCCCGUGGCUACAUCUAUACGGCGCCCACAUGAACUCACUGGCAGCAUCACUGGGCUUUACAGCCAAUGGCGCCGUGGCCAUGAAGGGUGCCCUCGAGAACUACGAUGCCUUGGUGAAUUGCUGGACGUUUCAUCAGUUCUGGAAGACCGACAAGGGUCUGGCCGAAGACGAGUUGGCCCGGCGGCUCCUACGCGUGCUCGUUGCGCUCAAGGGAAAGUUUCGCUGUUCAGACGAGCGAGACCGCCUAUACGGCAUCCUCGGCAUGAUAUGCGCCCCUGACGUGGUCGUCUCCCUUCCCAUCGAGUACGAGAAGAGCGCCACUGCCAUUUUCAAAGAACUCGCAGUGUUUAUGAUAGAGUCGCGCAAGUCCCUGGAUAUCCUCUUUGGCGAUCGCGUCAACUUUGACUCCUCAGAGUAUCCCGGAAAGCCGUCGUGGGUACCGACGUGGAAGGCGUAUUCGACGGUGACGCGCGGAUUCUUCAUGCCGCCGCACAUCUGGAAAGAAGGGGAGGCGCAAGAACCCCGGCAGCCGGCCCUGGCCGACUUUCGAUUCAACGAGGACCACAGCAUCCUUUACGUCAAGGGCUCGAUCGUGGGUGGUCUGAGCGGCAUCGGGACACCGCCUCCCUACUACCCAAAGGAUUCCGGAGGCAAAGAACGUCGCAAGGCACUCAGCCAGCUGCUUACCAUGUGGGAGAAUGAGGUGGUGCAUCUGCCACCGCUUCGUGCCAAGGGCAGGGAGGAUGAGUUCCAGGCGGCGCUCGGCGAGAUGACGACGCUGUGGACGCCCGAGAUUGUCCACACCCCGUCGUGGCGUGCCAAGUGGGCUUAUCAGCGGGACGCAAUCGAAGCAUUCAGGACGACGCUCUUUCACACAGAGUGGCCAGGGUACCGCAGUCCCGUCUCACAGCAGCAUUGUUACGAAGUCCUGCUCGGGCGCGGGGGCCCUCACGACGGAGAUGAGGACACGGUGGAGUCUGAGAUAGACGCAUGGGCGGGCUUUAGAUGGUGGGACAUGAACGACAUGGUCCCGUUUCGCCUUCGGGAUGGCCAGUUUGGCAUGUUCGAGGGUGGCAUGGAGCUGUACUCGGGCCACGAGAUUCUGAUAGCUCUGUUUCCCGGCGGGCCUGGGCCAGUAGCUCUGCGCGCGGAGGAGACGGGGUUCCGGUUUCUGGGGUCCUGCUAUGUCCAGGGUUUGGAGGAUGAGGAGUCGUGGGAAGCCUUUCUCGAUGGCAAGGAGAGCAUGGAGUUUCCUUUGAUAUAG